AUGUCCCCAAGCGACUCAACGGAGAGAAUAGUGCCGGUGGUGGAGUCAUAUGGGCGAUGGGCAAAGACAUAUGAUACGGCGGAGAACUUCCUUCAAAAGGUCGACGACGAGCUGGUUGCGGCGGUAUUGGGGAGCUUGUCCGCAUCGUUACCGAUGAAGCGAAUCGUCGAUUUGGGUUGUGGCACAGGUCGAAACACCGAGAAGUUGUUGUCAGUCAAAGGAGUGGAAACGGUGGUCGGAUUGGAUCUUACCGCCCAGAUGCUUGAAGCCGCCCAGUGGCGAGAUGCAGUAGCAAAGGGCGUUCAAGACGGGAGGCUAGUUCUGGACGUCUGGGACGUGAAGGGGCACAUGCCUGUGCCAGACUGCUUGCUUGGCGAAGGGCGGGCCGAUGGCGUUAUUUGCACACUCGUUCUCGAGCACCUUUCCUCCCUUGACGAGUUCUUCCACCGGACCCGGCAACUUCUCCAACCCAGACCAGGGUCAUGGGUCUUUAUCACGAACAUGCAUCCGGACCUGGGACAAACUGGCGGGGCUAACUUUAUUGACGAGGACGGAAAACUGACAUGGACGGAGAAGCAUGUCUGGUCUGCGCAAGACGUCGUCGAUGCCGCUGGACGAGAGGGAUUAGAGGCAAUCACCGGGGUUGGAGACGAUGGGACGGGAGUUUGGACGCGGACAGUCAGAGAUGAGGAGCAUGUCAGCAAGAUUGGCGCGGGGUCGGCUAAAUGGAUUGGGAAGAAUGUGCUGUUUGGCGUUGUUUUGCGUACCUUGUGA